AUGCCUGAGCCAGGAAGCCCUCAACAACUCGGCGUUCCAUCGAAAAACCUUGGACGAAAAGUUACCCUUUGCCUGAGUGUUGCAAUCGUUUCCUGUGCUUGCUGGAUCAUGUCACCUGCGCAGGGUGAUACAAUACAGGUCCGAUUGUGGAUGUCGUUCAACCAAACUCCGGAGGAGGAACAUAUUAAUAAUCCGUGGGUCAUACCUGUACCUGCCGACACCCUCCCCCCAAAUCCCCUCCCAGAAAGCCUUGACACUAUGCACAUCCAAAGUAACGAUGUGGCAACUGGGCCCGUGCCAGCUGGGCCCGUUCCAAGUGGGCCUGUGCCAUCGCCGUCACUUGAUGCUCUUAUUGCGGCAUUGAAGUGGCAGACGCCCAACUGGGCAGAGAAGCUUUGGACCGAACAUUGGAAGCCAAGCAGAUAUGGCGGUGCAAAAGCCUGGGCCGAAGUAGAUGCAGUCAUCGAUAAGGCGGGACACCGAAGAUGUGGGACGGCGAGGGAUAGCUGGUCCUGCAAUGGGAUCGGCUAUGCCCGUGAGCUCAACAAGACGAGAUCGUGGAAUGCGAGCUUUGACCUUUUUCGGCUACCUCCAGGAACGCAAAUUAUAGGGUUUGGCAACUCCAUGUUGGCAGAGUUGGUGCAUACGGUCAUUUGCAACCACCAGUGGGACCUUGUAAUGCCUUCUCCGGACAUUCGGGCGAACUCAGUCAUCGCGCAUUCCAACACCAGCAACAUCACAUUGGCACUGAUAUCGAACGACCAAGACAUCGACGGCUCAAUGAAACCGUCGCACCCAGCCGAUCUGGUCAGAAGGGCGAACUGGCGGGCGCAUGUAUUCGUGGUUGGAAGCUUAAACAACAAGCAAGAACAGAAUGCAACCUGGAAAGACGAGCGGAGAAAUCUCCUGGGAGCCACCAGUCCCGAUGCCACGAUAAUUGACCUCCCUGGGAAGCAUACAGGCGAUUGCUGUUCCACUCUUGGUUGUGGUCAUUCGAAAGGUUGCGAAAACAAGUUCAUACCAGGACACACCUGUCUUCCUGGGCCAGUGUUGCGAUAUGCAGAACAAUUAGUACAUGUCAUGCAUGAGGCAGUGCUCAAGAAAGAUCUAACGCAGAGCUGCUUGGGUGUUGGCUUAGAGCGCCCUUCGUAUGAAUGUGUUUGA